AUGACUCAGCUCAUUGCGGCAGGGGCGGAUGUUGACACCGUGAACGGUUGCUUUUGGAUAGCGGAGCUGACAUCGAUAAGCAGGGGCAAGGCGGGAGCAGACAGUGAGAUCAUUAAUGUUGACGGAGACACCGCGCUGAUCAUUGCAGUUCGCGAAGAAAGCAUCGAAUCAGUGAGGGUACUGCUGGAUGCCGGGGCCAAAGUGGACGGAUUGGACAGAAAGAGGUGGACGCCCCUGGUUCACGCGGCAACCCUGGGGCUGGAGCGCAUUGCGGAACUGUUGGUCGAGAGGGGGGCGGAUGUGGACGCCAGGACAGCUGGUUCUUCAACUCCACUGCACGAGGCGGCCGCCUACGGGUCGGUUAAGUUAAUUCAGCUACUUCUCGACGCCGGCGCCGACAUCGAGGCCCAAGACUUCUCAAACGGCAACACUCCCCUCCUGACUGCGGCGUGGAACGGACAAGACGGGGCGCUUUCCGAGCUCAUUCGCCAUGGAGGGCGCACAUCUGCCCUGGCCUUCUAUGACUUGGGGGCGCUGCACCGCGCUGCGCAGUUCCCCCAGAACGAGCGGGUCAUGCAACUGUUGCUCGAUGAGGGGAUAAGGCUUGACAAAAUGUCUGAGUUUGGCGCCACACCUGCCAAUGAAGCUGCCAGAUACGGAAAUAAGAUGAAUGUUCAAUUUCUUCUGACUGAGGGGGCGGAUCCAUCCCUGCACGGUGUUCCCGUGUGUGGCUGCAUAGAUGUCGAGACUGACUCGUCAGAAAGGGGGUGCCCACCUGGGCACUGUCGCACCAAGGCAGAUGUGCUUGAAGUCGAGGGGCUCUUCGCCAGACACGGGGGCAAUCGGACGCUGGAAGACGCAGUGGCUGCGGGAGACCUGGAGGAGGUGUUGAAAUUCAUAGAAGAUGGGUCCAACGUAAACGGAUCGGAUCCCUCCAAGGACCUCGAGCCGCCCCUCCACAUCGCGGCGGCGAGAGGCCUAGCCGACAUCGUGCAAGUGCUCCUCGGAGAGGGCGCCUACACAGAGGCCAGGGACUUCGUGGGCUGGACGGCUCUCAGGCUUGCGGCGUUUUGGGGUCACGCGGCCGCCAUCCAGGCGCUAGCAAGGGGGGGCGCAGACCUUAAUGCGCGGUCGCGCACGGGACACACUGCACUGUAUUAUACUUCCAAAAAAGGCUAUCUGGAGUCGACCCAGGUGUUGAUCGACGCAGGGGCGAAUUUGGACAUCAAGACGAACACCGGGGGGACCGCCCUGAUGAGGGCCGCCCAGUACGGACACGCGGGCGCCGUGCGCGCGCUGCUGGACGGAGGAGCUGACGCGUCCAUUGUGGACAAGUAUCGAAGGAACCCUCUGCAUUUCGCGGCCACGGAAAUCGGCACGGAACAGAUAAUGCGCAUGCUGAUUGAAGAGGGUGUCGACGUAAACUCAACAACGGAUCUUGGCACGCCGCCGAUCGCAUUCGCCGCUUACUACGGAAACAUCGGUGGCGUGAGGUUUCUCCUGUCGAUGGGCGCGGACCCAGCCAUCGGCUUCGAAGGCGGCAACACCAUGGACGAUCCGUGCGGAUGCCUGGGGGUCGCAGGACUGAAGGACAAAAUCAGGUGCCCCCGCGGAGCUGCAUGCCAAACAGAGGGUCAAAUUGCCGAACUCGAGGAAUUGAUGGGCCGCAAGCGAACCGCGGAGGCGCCUCGAAGUGGCGACCCCAGCCUGCCGCAAAGGGAUGCGGACUCGGUGGCCUGCGAGUCGCUUCCGCUGGUGUUGCAGCAGUUGGAGUGCACCGCGUCUGCGGACCCAGCCAAAUGA